UUUAAAUUAAACUUUUAGUUUCAAAUUCAUCUUGCUUGCAUGCAGUCGAAACAUACAAAAUGUGCAAAAUAAAAAUCAACGCAGCUGUUUUCUUAAUAUUUCUUAAAAUAUUCUUGGUGACCACAGAUGCCUUCGAAGAGACAUGCGAAUUCGAUCGAGAAAUGGAAAAAAAGUGCCGGAUUCAUAAUUAUAAAACCGUAAAACCAUUGCUCGAUUAUUUUCGACAGGUUAGAAAUGAAUUAGAAGACAAAGAAAUUAAGGAAAAUAAGUUAAAUGAAUUAAAUUCGAAUCUUAUGGAAAAGUAUCAUGAAAUUGUAAGAAUUCAUGAAAAAUUCAUGAAGGAGGCAACUCUUCUAGAUGAAUAUAAAAACAAAGUACUUAAAGGGGAAAACGAUUUGCAAUUGAGUCAAAAUAAAGUUGAGAAAUUAGAAUCUAAAAUUAAAUCACAAAAACAAAUUAUUGACAAAUUAACACCAAUUUCUAAACUUUAUGAUAAAUGUAAAAAAGAAGUAGCAGAUAAAUCCAGUAGUUUAAGGUAUUCUGAAGUUCAAUUAAAACAACUUAAUUUUAGUCUACUUGAAAAGGAUGAAAAUAUCAGGAGACUUAAGGCAAAUAUUGAAAUGAUAACAGAACAACAGCAAACAAUUAAGUUGAAAUUAGAUGAGAGUCAAAAUAUGUUAAUAAAGAAAGACAAAGAUAAUCAGAUAUAUCGAGCUGAAAUUGAUACAUUGAAUAAAACUUUACUCAAUACUGUUAUCCCAUCAAGUUGCUCUCCUUUUGGAGAUUAUCCUGGUGUUCAUGAAAUAAGAGUUUCUGGAGUUGGUUUCUUCGAUGUUUUAUGCGAUAGUCAGUUAGCUGGGCCUGGAUGGAUUGUAAUACAACAACGAGUUGGGGGAAAUGAGGAUUUCAAUAGAGAUUGGGCAACGUAUCGCAAUGGUUUCGGUUCUUAUAGAAGCGAUUUCUUCCUGGGACUCGAGAAGAUACAUCGUAUCAACAGUUUGCAGCGUCACGAACUUUACAUACAUUUGGUUGCUCUGAAUGGAAGUACCUACAACGCUCGUUAUGACGAUUUCAAAAUAUCUGAUGAAGACAAUGGAUACAAACUGAGUUUGGGUAAAUUCAGUGGAACUGUUGAAGAGAAUGCGAUGAGACACCACGAAAACAUGAAAUUCACAACAUUCGAUCGCGACAAUGACAAUCAUAAGUUUAAUUGCGCGGAGAGAUGGCAUGGUGGCUGGUGGUUUGACGCUUGUCAUCAUUGUCAUUUAACUGGACAAUACGGUUUAAAUACACUAUAUUGGUGGGGGUCCAACCCUGUUAGAAUUCAAAAAGCUAAGAUGUUAAUUCGCCCCAAAGAAGCCAUGAACAAUUGAGAAACUGAAGAACUGAAAUUUCCGAAAUUUUAUCAUUUAUAAUAUAAAUGGUGCACUACGAAUUGGCUUUCAUAAUAAAUGAAUGAAUGCCGCAUUGAAAGGAUCAGUUUUUGUUGUAACUUAUGCAUUGGUAUUGUAAGUUGUACAUCUUUAGAUCUUUUCUAAAGAACUAUAUAUAUAUCUGACUAUUUUUUACUAAGUUCUUGACCAUUUUAAGGUAAAUUGUGUUGUAAAUU